AUGAUCCUGGACCACCUGGAGAUCAAUAUUGGUGACAUAUGGUGGUGGGGCCAAAAAUGGUCACUCGGUAAAUUUCUAGUUGAGACCAUGAUGCAGACAGAGAUCGAUCAUUUUUUCAAACUGUCUUGGUUUGAAGUACAGGGGUACACCACCACUGCUCCCAUUCAUCUAAUAUGGCAUGAUGGCCUUGAAGUUGCGAAGAGCCUCUUUGGCAACCCAAUUUUCGCUCAAAACAUGUCUUUUGAUCCUUUACAUGUCCGGGAGGAGUGGUUCACAGCAAAUCGAGCAUUCUCGACACAGGACCAGCUGCCCGAAGGGGCGACCAUAAUGCCCAUAAUAGCUGCAUCGGACAAGACACCAGUCACAAGACAGACGGGCGGUCUGGAAAUGCACCCUCUUUUCCUCACUAUCGGCAACAUCGACUCUGACAUUCGUAUGAAGGCUACAUCCCAUGCUUGGCGAUGUGUAGCAUAUAUACCAAUCCCCAAGUUUGAAACACAUUCUGAUUAUCACACAAUCCUGAAGUCGCGUGUCUGGCACAAGUGUGUUGACUUAGUCUUUGCCAGCUUAAAGGUCGCAGCAAAGGUCGGCGAGUUUAUGCCUGAUCCCUUUGGUGAACUUCGAUAUUGCUUUACCCCUCUUAAGAAGGCGAAGGAGCUUCUCCUCCUAGGCAUUCAUCUUCCGUUCUGGUGCGACUGGGCGCUCACCCAGGUCUUUAUUUUCCUUGUCCCUGAAAUCCUUCACACCCUGCACAAAUUCUUCUUCGACCAUCUGUUGCAGUGGUGUAAAGAAGUGGUCGGAAGCGACGAGCUUGACGCACACUACAAGAGUCAUCACAAGCGUGUUGGUGUGCGUCACUUCUCUUCUGGGAUCUCACAUGUAGCACAGAUGACUGGACGAGAGCAUCGUGAUAUCCAGCGCACCAUCGUCGCCAUGAUUUUGGGUGCUGCUCCCCCUGAAUUUGUGCAAGCUAUUCGUGCUCUCAUCGAUUUCAUGUAUCAAGCGCAGAACCCUGUCCAUACAGAAUCAAGUAUCGAGGCAAUGCAAGCGUCACUUAACGAAUUCCACGAUUGCAAGGUGGCAAUCCUGGAAGCUGAGGCACGUCGGGGACAAAGCAGCAUCAAGGAGGACUUCUACAUACCAAAACUCGAGCUCCUUCUGAGCUUCGCAGAGGCCAUUAGGAACAACGGUGGAUUGAUUCAAUUCACUGUGGAUGUUAGUGAACGACUUCUCAUCACACAUUGCAAAAGCCCUUUCACAAGAACGAGCAAACAGAAAGAUUUCGGCGAGCAGAUCGUCCGCAUCCUUGAUCGUGAAGAGCGGAUGCGGCAGUUCGAUCUAUAUCUCCUCCUUCACCAACAUAACCAUGCUCUCGUGAAUGCCGUCAUCGAUGAAGAUGAGGAAGUAUAUGCCACAGACCCGACGAUGGCAUGGGUUUCUCGUGUUGCCCCUGACGAACAACAUCAUUUCAGCGCCCCCAGGCCCAUACGGAAUCAUUUCACCAAGGGCAUCCUAUCUGACAGCGCCAAUGCAGCGCUUACCGUCACUCGCUCUCCUGAUGGCUCAAAUCUGAGCUGGCCUGAUGUGAUGCGCACCUAUGGACUCCCUGAUCUUCGUCACAAGGUCACAGAAUACAUUCAGCGAUAUGCAGAUGAUGUCGAAGGGUGUUUCCGGAUGUUUAGCACCAUUAAGAUUUGGUCCAAGUUUCGUAUCCAACUGCAUUCGACAUUUCGCCCAUCAAUUAUCAUGCCUAGCCAAGCUGUCCAGGCCGAACCACCAAGUGAUACAUUCCCAUCUGGAAAUUGUGAUGCAAUUUUCUUAGACACGGUGUGGGUAACACAACAAAGCUGGCCCCACCCCGGCGCUCAACUGCGAAGCUUCCUGACUUCCUGUUGCACUCCCCUUCUCUAUGUCCAACCUUUUCGUAUUGUAAAAACCCCCGAAGAUCUAGAGGACACUCGGUUGUGGAAACUUGAGAGGGUAUAUGCACCUGCAACGCAGCCCAAAACCCACACCGGGUUUGUCAUUCCCAUAACAGAGGUAACACAUGCUGCAGAGUUGGUCCCAGUGUACGGAGAAGAGGUUGACCAUUCCUUGACUUCAGCGACAUCUCGGGAGCACUAUGACCACUUUUAUCUUAACCGUUAUGCGGACAAGGAGAUGUAUAACGCGUUGCAUGAAUCAUUGGACACUGAAUGA